GUGGCAAUGGGUCCGGUGUCCCAUGGAAAUUUGUAACGCCCCUGCAACGUUUCAGCGGGCCAUGAAUAUGGCCUUCGCUGAGUUCGUUAACAAAACCCGACUGACCCAGCCCCUGAUCAAUUUCUUCGUGAUUGUGUACAUGGAUGAUAUUUUGGUCUUUUCAAAAACACACGAGUACCACGUGGAACACAUUGAGUGGGUUUUGCAUGCACUGAAAGAUGCGGGGUUCAAAGUGGCCUUGGAGAAAAGCGAUUUCUUCUUGUCGGAGAUCUCAUUCUUGGGGUAUAUCGUCACGGUCGACGGACUAAAACCGGAUCCAAGGAAGGUGGCUGCAGUUCAAGACGCCCCGACGCCGGUCACACUCACCCAGGUUCGGGCUUUUCUAGGGCUGGCAUCCUAUUACCGACGCUUCAUCAAGGGGUUCGCCGGCAUAGUGAAGCCCCUCACGAACCUGCUGAAGAAAGAGGAACAACUGAUCUGGACGCCGGAAUGCGAAGCGGUGUUUCAGGCGUUGAAGGAGGCUUUGACAUCUGCUCCUCUGUUGGCGCGCCCCGACCCGACAAGACCGUUCGCACUGUACACAGACUGGCAGCCUCAGGCGAUAUCGGUGGUGCUGACUCAGCACGACAAGGAUGGAAGGGAGCACGUCAUUGAGUAUGCGUCCAAGACGCUGAGCCAAGCGAUGAACCAUCGCCAGCCGGAGCAUGAGCCCCUCAAGCACUUCCAGACGCCACUUGUAGAUCGCUUGUUGCGGCAUCGAUUUAAUGAGGAGAGGCAAUUGCGGUACGACAUCCAACAGGUGAACGUGCCAGCGCCCGGGGUUGCUGAUUUGGCAGCGUACUCGUUGCUCUGCGAUCGGCUGACAUAUGCGGGAGUGUACGUGGACGUGACGCAGUUGCCUGGCCGGGAGACGACCCGAGUAUUCAUUGAGUUCCGUGCUCUCCAAGUGGCACCCAACUUCGUGCACAACGUCGCCACCUUCAUCGGAGACUUGACGGUCCGACCGCAGCAGAAUCGGGAGCCGGCGUGCAGCUUUGUGCGCGAAUACGCGGUGGAAGCGGCUAGAUCAGUGGCCAGAGUGCAAGGACGGGGGGGACACCGAUUCACAACCCACGAAGUGCUGCUGCGUAGGCCAGAGGACGGACCGAUUGCGUUGGUGCCGCAGCUCCCCGCGCUUCUCCCUCCCGCUGCUCCUCUCAACCUCCAAGCUAUUCCCCCUCUCACGGAGGGCCCUUACCCCAUGCGCGAGUUCUCGAAGUAUUUGGUGGAGCUAACUGACGUGGAGCCGCUGCCCUUCGCUGACGAAGACGCGUGGGAGUUGCACCGUGCGUUGUACAAGUCGGUGGCGCUAGGGAUGUUCCGGUUCUUCGUGGAUCACGAAGACCACGCUAUCGGGGAGCACUUCGUCGUUUACUACGUCAUCGCGCGGCCCAAGCCAGCGGAGAAGGAAGGGACGGUGGCGUUGUACCCCUUCGCCCCGCUCCAGACAAUCGAUCCGGGACUAUUGGAGCUCAUACAUCUUGAGCUCCUUUCCAUUGCGCAAGUGAUCGCGAGUGAGGAGGAGGAGAUCCAACCACGAUUGCGGACGGCGACGACCCCGCGGAGAACGUACAACGUGGUCGUCAUCCCGGUUUACAUUGCGCAGCGCGCGGAGAGAUUGGAGGACUUCCCGGAGGAAAGGCCGUUGCGUCCUCCCUCGUCGUAUCCUCGACCAGCGCCACCGAAGGCCCCCAAGAAGACGCCAAAGAGGAGGUGAUUCAGCCCGCGCGUACGUGGAUUCCUGACCCUGUGCCUGGGAGUGCGGCGAUGCUCGUUAAGGAGACUA